AUGUCGCUCUACAAGGCGCUACUGUCUAUUCUUGUGCUACUACUUCUUUGCUAUCAGGUAGACGCCUAUGGAGUGGAGCUGUUUGGCGCGGGAAGUCCGAACGCCGUGUCCGUGCUCGCGUCGUGGAAAUCGGACUACAUCUACACCCGGGACGAUGUCAGCAUUUCGUACACCAACACGGGCGUGACGACGGGCUUGGAACAGUACGCCGACGGGGAACUGGAUUUCGUCUGUGUGGACCGCUUCUUAUCGGAUCAGGAUGCCGCCGCGUACGGCAACCUCAUCCAGUUCCCGCUCAUGGGGCAGGCCAUCGUCAUGGCUUACAACGUCCCCUCCCUCUCUUCUCUCAACGCGAGCUUGAGAAUCGACCGGGAGACUCUGGGCCUGAUCUGGGCGGGCAACGUCAGCGUGUGGAACGACCAACGAAUUAAGGACCUCAACCCGGGCCUGGCCUCGUCCCUGCCUAGCACCAACAUCACCCUGGGCUACAACAACAACAUCGCCUACUCGUCGACGGAAGUGGUCAAACGCUCGCUCGAGAGCUUCAGCCCCGACUUCGCGAGGCUGUUUGCCGCAGCCGGCCGGGACUUUGCCGACAUGCCACCGGCCCUGCGCGGGACCGCAGAGUCUGCCGGCGUCUCGACGGCCGAGAGAGAAGUGUGGCUCGGCGCUCAUGAGGACAGCAUCACCUACCUCAGCUAUGCCGAUGCCAUCAAGUCGGGCUUCCCACACAUGGUGAUGUACAACAAAGCCGGCAGCCUGGUGGGUCCGUCGACGGCCACCGUGCAGGCGGCCAUGAGCCAGUUCCAGACCGAAUUCGCCCACAGCAACUUCUCGGUGGACAUUCACGACGCCAACGGCACCAACUCGUGGCCCAUCUCCUACCUCACCUAUCUCGCCCUGGACCGCAACGUGACCGGCGUCGACUGCACCGCCGUCCAGGAGCUGCUCGCCUUCGUGGCCUGGAUUCACACCAACGACGGGGCUAGCACGGACGCGACCAGCAUCAACUAUGUGCCACUCGACACAAGCCUCAAGAAGCGGAUCGUGGACCUCCUGAGCACGGUUCAGUGCAACGGCGAGCGUGCCUAUUCGACGGCCUUCCUCAUCGGCAUCGGGUCGCCGCUGCCCAUCUUCACCUCGUGGGCCGUGGGCUGGUCGUCGGCCCAGACGCGGGCCAAGUUCUACCUGUCCUCGUCCACCACCGGCAAGGACCGCCUCGUGAACGGCAACGCCGACUUCAGCGUCACCAGCAACGGCCUGGCCAGCAGCUACUACGACCUCCUGUCCGACCUGCAGAUCGUCCCCACCACCGCCUUCGCUCUCGUGCCCGCGUACAAUGUGCCGGAGUUGAAGGGCAAGACGCUGGUGCUCGACUUGCCUACUAUUGCGGGAAUCUACCUCAACACGGUGACGCGGUGGAACGACCAGCGCAUCAAGGACCUCAACUCGGCCGACGUGGCCGCCGCGCUGCCGGACCAGGACAUCAUGGUGGUGACCCACAACGUGAGCUCGGCCUACACCCAGCUCUUCACCCAGAUGCUCAGCCAAACAGUCCCCGACUUCGCCGCUCAGACCAACAGAUCCAUCAACACCUCUACCACCAACGUGGCAAGCCUCUUGAACAGCAAUCCCUACUCGUUCAUCUUCUGGCAGCACUUUGACAUCCUCACGGCCCGAGGUCUCAGCUCGGCGUCGUUGGUCAACCCGGCGGGCCAGGUGGUGGCGCCCUCUACCGCCUCUGUGCUCAGCGCGCUCGACGACUACCUCGCCUCGACGGCCGCAGCCGACCGCUCCUACCAAUCGAUCCUCCUCGGCGGAGGAGCCGGCAGCUGGCCCAUCACAGCGUUCGGGGCCACGGUCUACCGCGGCACGGGCAUGGACGACUGCAACAAAGCAGCCGCCCUGGCCGACUUCCUGCUCUGGUCCCAGACCGACGCUCUUGCCCUGCGGAACGCCGUCAGGCAAGGAUUUGUGCUGCCGACGGCUUCCGACGAGGUCAACCGCAGCUUCAUGCGGCAGCUCAGGGCCUUCACCUGCGCCGGUCAGCCCGUGAGCGCGCUGGCCAACUGCAUCACCGACGACGGUCAGCUGUGCUCGGGCCAGGGCACCUGCACCAACAACGCCUGCGCCUGCGACUCGGGCCGGGAGGGCCUGCACUGCGAGAGCGCCACCAGCGCCAGCUCGAGCGACUCCACCAUCGCCAUCCUGGCGACGGUGAUUCCGGUGUCGGCGGUGGUGGCGGGGCUGCUGGUGGUGCUGGUGAUCGUGGUCGUGGUGCUGGUGCGGCGCAAGGGGAGCGGAAGCGACGACUGGGAGAUCGAGUACGACGAGCUCGAGGUGGGCGAGCAGCUGGGGGCCGGCGGCUACGGCGAGGUGCACAAGGCCACGUGGAAGGGCACCGAGGUGGCGGUCAAGGUCAUGGCCUCGGAGCGGAUCACCAAGGAGAUGGAGAAGAGCUUCAAGGACGAGGUGCGCGUCAUGACCGCGCUGCGCCACCCCAACGUGGUCCUCUUCAUGGCCGCGUCGACCAAGGCCCCCAAGAUGUGCAUCGUCAUGGAGUUCAUGGCCCUCGGCUCCCUCUUCGACCUGCUGCACAACGAGCUGAUUCCGGACAUUCCGUUUCCGCUGAAGGCCAAGAUGGCCUACCAGGCCUCCAAGGGCAUGCACUUCCUCCACUCCUCCGGCAUCGUGCAUCGGGACCUCAAGUCGCUCAACCUGCUGCUCGACAACAAGUGGAACGUCAAGGUCUCUGACUUUGGCCUCACCAAGUUCAAGGAGGACAUCAGCGGCCCUAAGGGCGGCCUCGGCGGUGGCGGUGGCAAGAACAACAACCACAUGGCCGGCAGCGUGCACUGGACCGCGCCUGAAGUGCUCAACGAGGCCGGCGACGUCGAUCUGAUCCUGGCCGACGUCUACAGCUUCGGCGUCAUUCUGUGGGAGCUGCUCACCCGAGAGCAGCCCUACCUAGGCCUCAGUCCGGCAGCCGUGGCCGUGGCCGUGAUCCGGGACAACAUCCGCCCGCGCAUGCCCGAGGCCGGCGCCGCGCUGUGCCCGGCCGAGUACGAGGAUCUCAUCACCGGCUGCUGGCACCACGACCCCACCAUCCGCCCCACCUUCCUCGAGAUCAUGACCCGCCUCUCGGCCAUGCACGGCGACUCGACCACCACGGCCGGCAGCGCCACCUCCUACUCCACCUCAUCGUCGUCGGCCUCGGGCGAGCAAAGAGAGAAGACGACGACGAAAACGAAAACGAAAACGACGGCGACCACGACGACGAGCUCGUUCGGGUCGUGGACCCUGCCGUCGACCACAAAUUCCUCGCAUUCCUCAUCAUCGUCGUCCGGCUCGUCUAAGCACUUGUCCGGCGUCGGCAUGACGGGCGCCGGCGGCGGUGGUGUGCGGCCGCCGGAGGGCGAGAUGGCGAUCGUGUUCACCGACAUCACCCGCGCCGCCUCGCUCUGGGAGUUCAACGCGGCCGCCAUGCGCGACGCCACCCUGCUCCACAACCAAGCCCUGCGCGACUCGCUCAAGCGGCACCGGGGCUACGAGGUGGUGUUCGUGCGCGACCGCAACUCGGGCGAGGGUUCGUUCUGCAUGGCCUUCCAGCAGCCCGUCGACGCCCUGGCCUGGUGCGCCGACGUCCAGCGGAGCCUGCUGGGCGUGGCCUGGCCCGAGGCGCUGCUCGAGCACCCGGGCGCGGCCGAGGAGUGGGGCGACACCGAUGACCGGGUGCUGUUCCGGGGCCUGCGGGUGCGCAUGGGCGUCCACCUGGGCGCGCCGCGGGCCGUGCGCGACCCGAUGACCCGGCGGGUGGAGUACAUCGGGCCGGUGGUCAACGCCGCGGCCCGCAUCACGGCCCUCACGCACGGCGGCCAGAUCGUGAUGAGCCACGCCGCCUUCCAACGGAUCAAGGGCUCGCCCGAGCUGGCCGCUAUGAUGGGCGGCAGCGACGGCAACGGCAGCCAGGAGCAGCUCAAGAAGGGCAGCGUGGUGGGCCUCGGCAAGUUCGAGAUGCCCGAUUCUCCGGAUGGCACGUAUCCUGCACGACACGCACGACACGACACGUCUGAUGAUGGAUCGAAGCUCUUCGAAUUGAAGACGCCGGGAUUGGAGGCGCGGUUCUUUGGCGGGGUGACGCUCGAGGCUGGGGGCGACGGCACGUCGACCAACAAGACCACCUCGGGCGCCGGCACCUCGCACGGCGGCGGUGGUAGCAGCAGCGGCGGCAGCCAGCCCGACAGCGAACCCGGAAGCGGACGCGAACUCCAAACCGUCGUCGGGGAAGGGAUGAUGUUCAAGGAGGACACGUUCCUGACGUCGGCCAACCUGUGUCGGUGGAUCAUCGACUACGGCGAGAUCCAGGUGGGCAAGCAGGUGGGCCUCGGGUCCUACGGCGUGGUACUGCGGGGCAAGUGGAAGGGCGUCGAGGUGGCCGUGAAGCGAUUCAUCAAGCAGAAGCUCGACGAGCGCCGCAUGCUCGAGUUCAGGGCCGAGAUGGCCUUCCUCUCCGAACUGCACCACCCCAAUAUCGUGCUCUUCAUCGGCGCGUGCGUGAAGAAGCCCAACCUGUGCAUCGUGACCGAGUUCAUGGCGCGGGGCAGCCUGCGCGACACGCUGGGCAACAGCGCCAUCAAGCUCACCUGGAAGCAGAAGGUCAAGAUGCUGCGCUCGGCCGCGCUGGGUAUCAACUACCUCCACUCGCUCCAGCCCGUCAUCGUCCACCGAGACCUCAAGCCCUCCAACCUCCUCGUGGACGAGAACUGGAACGUGAAGGUGGCGGACUUUGGGUUCGCGCGGAUCAAGGAGGAGAACGCGACGAUGACGAGGUGCGGCACGCCGUGCUGGACCGCACCGGAGAUCAUCCGCGGGGAGAAGUACGACGAGCGGGCCGACGUGUACUCGUUCGGCGUCAUCAUGUGGGAGGUGGUCACGCGCAAGGAGCCCUUUGCCGGGCGCAACUUCAUGGGCGUGUCGCUCGACGUGCUCGAGGGCCGGCGCCCUGCCAUCCCCGGCGAUUGCCCGACCGACUUCCGCAAGGUAAUGAAGCGCUGCUGGCACGCGUCGGCCGACAAGCGACCCAGCAUGGACGACGUGCUCUCCUUCUUGGCCAAGCACCUCGACGCCGAUGACGCCGGCGCCAUGAUCUAG